CUGCUGCAACCUCGAGCCCAUCCUGAUACACCAAAACGACAUAAAGGUGGAAAGUAAAAAGAGACGAACAUGAGAGCAGCCAGAGGGACCGACAGACAACGGGAGUGAGGGAAAGGAGUCGAGUGUGAGCCGAGAGGGGGGAUUAAAAAAGGAGACCGGGGGGCACAAGCUCGAAGCAACGGGCAACACCAAGUCAUGGAGGGCGAUGUGCGUGUUCGUGCAUUGGUCUUGACACGAGAUGACUCUAGCGGCGGGUGGGUGCCCCUUGGAGGUGGUGGCCUUAGUCAUGUGGUCAUCUGUAAAGGACGGGGGAGGAGAGAGUACAUCAUACACGGAGAGCGGCUGCACGAUCGAGCACCCGUGCUGGAGUGUGCUGUGCAGAGGGGCCUGGUGUACAACAAGGUGAACCCCAUUUUCCAUCACUGGCGGGUGGAAGACAGGAAGUUUGGUCUGACUUUCCAGAGUCCUGCUGAAGCCAUCUCCUUUGAGCGAGGCCUUCAAAGUGUCCUUGACAAACUGGAGAGAGGAUCAGACUCUCCCUCUUCCUCGACUCCAGAGGAGGGUGACACAGAAGAUGACGGUCAAGCAUCUCAUACAGGCAGUGAGUCGUCCUCUAAUAGUAGGAAGGAGAUGCUGCCCAAGCCCAUCACCAUAGUGACUAGCGAGUCGUCCUCUACAUGCUUUGUGCGAUCUGCCACAGAGGACUUUGGCUAUGGAUCAGGGCAUGCUGUUACCACACAGACGACCCCUGCUCAGAUCCACACACGGCCAGUGGUGCUGCAGCAGCAUGUUUGCCAGGUGACGGCAGUGCUGAACCCCCCAGCGCCACCGCCCCCUACCCCCGCCCCAGCCACCCCUCCCCUGGCGCCUCCCCCCUCCUCCCCACUGUCCCCACUCUCCCCCACCAUCUCUCUCCUGGAGGAGGGCGACCUGCGCAACCUGGACCCCUGUAAGGACCUGUGGGGCUCGCGCGGGUACGAGGACUACCGGUGUGCCGGGGCCACGCAGACCAAGGUGGGAGGUCUCACGGGAGGCGUGGUCGUCGGGACCGGGCCGGAGAAGGAGGUGUGCGUGGUGCGCUUCGAGAAGGAGCUGGCCGGCGUGGGCACGGCCGGCUGCGAGGUCACCAUCUCCCUGGACCCCAAGGGCUCCGGCCGGCACCUGUCCUCGCCUACCUGCACAGCCAUGCCCAACGCCACGUCAGGAAUGUCUCCGACGGGGGGGUCGCCCCAGGAGACGGGUAAGGGCUCGCCCUCGCCGUGCUGCAUCCACACCUCGCUGGCCACGCCCCGCUCUCGGACUCACAGGAGAGGCGGCGGGGGUGGUAGCAGCGUCGCCGGGGGAGACGCCAUCUCGCCCGACGAGGACAGCCCGUGCCCCCAGGGCCUGCCAUCGUGCUCGUCGCGCUGCGUCUACUGCCGCUCGGUCUUCAGCGCCUCCGAGAACGGCCGGGGCCGCUGCCGCGACGCGCCCGACCCGGCGCUGCACUGCCUGCGGCAGUGGACGUGCGUGUGGUGCGCCGAGAGCCUGCUCUACCACUGCAUGUCGGACUCGGAGGGGGAGUUCUGGGAGCCGUGCUCGUGCGAGGACUCGCUGGGCGGCCGGCCGCACCCGCUGUGCUGCGCCCGCUGGCUGGCGCUGCUGGCGCUCUCGCUCUUCGUGCCCUGCAUGUGCUGCUACCUCCCGCUCCGCGCCUGCCUGCGCUGCGGCGAGAGGUGCGGCUGCUGCGGCGGCAAGCACAAGGCGGUGCGGUAA